GUAAACGUUUAUAUGCGGACUGCAGUAUUGUAUUUUGACCAGUUAUUAAAGACAACAUGGCUGACGAAAACAAGACUGAAAGGGAAGAGAGCAAAAGUCCGGCCUCAAUACGUCGUGAGACCAGGUCGGACGGGCAUCUGCUGCGAAUGUCUCAAACGACUGAAGCCAGAGCUGCCACAAGAACAAGGAGUUAUUCUACCAACGAUUCAGAUGAGUUAGAAGAGAAGCUCUAUGAUGGACCUAGAAGAAUUUCUUUCUCUGAAGUUCUACUUGGCAGAAGAAGCUUGUUUAGUUCAAAUCAGCCUGUUGUCAACCAAACUGUGUUAGAAGAAAGUAUUAGCGCUCAGAGUUUGGCUGAACCAGAUGGAUUGUCGAUGUCAACUGAUAGUCACCAGGAAAGCCAAGAUACUUUGACCAACCAGAGUGGCGUGGAGCAACAGCCACCUCGUGAAACAACACAAACAGAUCAUUUAAACAAACGACUACUUGAUUCAUUUCUGUCACGACUUGGCAAUUUUGCUGGAGUGUUGACUCCGGGAACUGUCUAUCACAGUGAGCAUGCAAAUGAAAAUGAAAUUCAGGAAUCUGGGGAUUACAGUACUGUGUAUUCUGAUGACUUAUUGAUGGACAGGAUUUAUAGAAGAAUUAACAGUAAAAAUGGACAUAAGAAAUAGUAUCACAUGCAUAAUAUAUAGAUUUGUUUCUGUUAGCAAGGGUGUCAAACUCUAGCCCUACUGCUCCCUUUGUACAUACUGUACGUACUAUCCAAAUUCAAAUUUUUGUCUAGGCUUAGUCAGUUUUGGCUUGUUUCAUAAUUUCCUCUCUGGUUUGGAUUGUGGCUCUAACCAUGUUUUAAGUUAUGGCCCUUCUAUGGUUGAGUUUGGCACCCCUAUGCUAGAAUUAUCACGAGCCGAGGCCAUCGUCAGAAUGAUGUGCACAGCCAGAUUGGGAAAAGUAUUCCAUUGAUCAAUGCACUGUUAAAUUCCUUUGUGUCAAAUCCGAUGCAAAAGGCUUUCAAUAUUUCUAGGUUUUUAUUCUAUGAUUUUACCCCAAAUGUAUAUGCAUCUGACAUUCAAAUCAAAUCUUGAUCAUAAUUGUAUUAUUUUCAAAGAGAUAGUUUAUAUCAUCAAACAGCUUAGUAAUGUUGUCAGAUUAUUUGUGUUAUGAUUCCAAUGUAUAAACAUCAUACUAUGUAAUAUACAAAUAAUAAAUAAUCAUAUAUAUAUUCUUUAAUUUUGAUUUUAACAAUUUGAGGUAAGUCUAGAUUGAUGUCAGUGCCCUAAGGUGUGGUACUGAGAUAAACAUUUACUUAAAAUACACUGUAUAUAGAUUUCAUAAACAUCCUGCCAUACUAUAUUGAUUUUUAAUAAUUUUCUAGCCAGAAACAAAUCUUGGUUUUAUCUAAAGUUUUAUAAAUAUAUUCCACCCCAGUUUUGUUAUUGAAUUUUAAGAUUUUGUUCAUUUUUCUGUUUUACUGAUGUUUAGUACCUGUUCAUGAUAUGCCUAAAGUUGGAAGUAUGUAAUCCUGUACAUGAUUCUAAGAUUGUGAUGGUAAUAUGAGAAUGAUUAAAUAUAUAAAAUCAUUUA